UUUCAAAGUUUUGUAAUUCCAUAUAUUAACCACUUAAAUUUACAUAAAUACUUAAUUUCAUAGUAAUUCUUAUUUUGGAUAUCUCUUUUUUUUUCGGAACUGAUUCUUAAUUUAGUACAGAGUAGCAUUUAUAUCGAAUAUUUUGGUCAUGUGGAUUCAUAGUGGAUGCAUAAAAAUUCAACCAUAUGCCUGGAAAUCAAGAUGAUGCUCAAAAGGAGCAUGAAGAGCAAUUGGAGUGGCUCAGUCAGUUUUUGGUGGGACAAUUGGAGUGGCAUUGGGGCACUUGGUGCUGUUUCUAAUCAACUCAAUCGGAAAUAUCUCUUAGAGCCUUUAAAAACCUAUACUUUGAACAAGCAGUUUGACUUUUCUAAAUUGGUUGACAUUCUUGAUCCUGGCUUUUUCUUCCAUUUCAAUGUGAAUCUGGAUCUGAUUGGUUCCAAUGUGCCUGACCAGCCCAUUUGGAAACCAAAGAGUAAUGGUCAAUUUUCUAUGCAAGCAGUUAAGCAUUUUCUUAGGCCCAACAACUCAGUGGAUAAUGUUAUUAUUAAUGGUUGGCAUCCAUGUGUUCCUUUUAAAAUCUCUUUCUUGUACUGGAGGGUCCUCUUUCAAAAGCUUCCCAUGGAUGAUUUUCUCAUGCAUAUUGGAAUUCCCACUGUCUCUAAAUGCUAUUGUUACACUCAUCCUCAUGUGGAAAGUUUGGAGCAUGUGUUUUAUAAUGGGGAACUUGCUCACCAGGAUUGGAAGCACUAUGAGUAUGUGUUUGGUAUCCAUGGAAAUUCUCACACCAUCAGACAACAUCUACAUUUAUGGUGGAAGAACAAACUUCAUUCCAAGAAACCUGCUGUUAGAGAAUUCCUUCAACAGUGUGUCCCUAUUUUCAUUCUUUGGGGGGUCUGGAGAGCCUAUUCUUCUAUCAAAUAUGGGGGCUGUGAUUACUCAGUGGCGAGAGUCAUCCAUCUUGUGGGGAAAGAGGCUGCUGAAGCUGCAUCCAGAAAGUGGCCUUCCUUAAAUGAAGUUCUUCCCCACUGGAAAUCAGUGUUCAAACUUGCAGGUACUUUACCCAAAUCCUUUAUGAUCAAAAAGGUUUGUUGGCAAUAUCCUGAGGGAGAAUCUGUUAAACUUAACCUUGGUGGAGGACAAUUUCCUCAUCAAACUGCUGCAGCUGCUGUCCUCAGGAAUAGCAAAGGGGAAUUCCUUUUUGGUUAUGCUUCUUCCAGCCCUAAACCAAAGUACAUGGUCUAUUUGGAAGUUGGAGUUCAAGUUCUAAGUUGGGGACUGGCGCAUGGCUUCAGAAGCAUUAUCAUUGAGACUGAUGAAGGGGAGGUUCCCUUCCUUCAACUUGGGAUUAACCCGGAGCAAGAUGACUAUUUAAGAAAGUUUCACUUUCUUCUCUCUUGUGUUAAGAGCUCCUUUGAGGUGUGUGAGAAGCAAGUAAACAGACUGCCUCAUUUCUUGGUGACAUGGAGCUGUAAUCAGUCACACUCCUUCCAGUUUUUCUCUGUCUUUGACCUGCCCCUUGAAGCACAAAAGUUACAUCAAUUUGAUCUUAGACAAUAUCCCAGUUAUGCCUCGACCAGUGCUAAACCUGGACAGUAUGUGGCACUGGUCAUGCUGUAGUAUAGGGGUUUUGUUGCUAGUUAGGACCUUCUUGUGGCCUUGGGCAAGCCUUUUUCUAGGUUUCCUUACCCCUUACUUUUGAGUUUUGACUUUUGGAACUAUAUCUAAGCACUUUGACUCAUCAAAUUCUCUCAAUGUGUAAGUCUAAAAAUAGUCAUGUGUGAUCUUGUUUGAUUUGUCUUAACAUAUAGAUUAUUAAUAUAUAAUUUUUAUAAUUUUUUAAUAUACAAAUUAUAAGAUAAAAUGGAUUAAAUAAGUGCAUUGGAU